CCACUCCACCUGGUAGCGCCCAUCAUAGACCUUCCUGGCGGUGAUGGUGAGGGGCACCUCCAGCGCCGCCAGCAGCGCCAGCUCCGGUGACAGCGCCACCAUGAAGCCCCCCAAGCCCAAGGCCAUGGCCAGGCUCCUCAAGGCCACAUUGGAGCUUAACGGCACGGCCUCGCACAUCAGCGGCACCUCGUUGGACAACUGGGCACAGAGCUCGGCUGUGGCCAUGGACAUGUGGUGAGUGCGGGUCCCGGUGAUGGGAUGUGGAUGGAGGGUGAUGGGGACUCCACAAACCUGCUGGAGUCUCCUGGAAGAAGGUCAGAUCCCGGUGGAGCAGGCGGGAGAAGAGCUGGUUGGAAGUUCUCAGCUUGAGGCGGGCUCCUGCCAAGAGGAAGAGGCCACCACGGCAGCCGGCGAAGAAGGAGCUGGAGUGGACAUGGAGACAACAUGCACACAUCAUGGACGCAUGGACACCAUCAGCAUGGGGACGGACAGAUAGAAUCAGAGAAUCACGGAAUGGGUUGGGUUGGAAAGGACCUUAAGAUCAUCCAGUUCCAACCCCCUGCCAUGGGCAGGGACACCUCGCACUAAACCAUGUUGCCCAAGGCUCUGUCCAACCUGGCCUUGAACACCACCAGGGAUGGAGCAUUCCCAAGUUCCUUGGGCAACCCAUUCCAGUGUCCCACCACCCUCACAGGGAAGAGCUUCUUCCUUAUCUCCAACCUGAACUUCUCCUGUUUAAGUUUGAACCCAUCACCCCUUGUCCUACCACUACAGUCCCUGAUGAAGGUCCCUCCCCAACAUCCUUGUAGCCCCCUUCAGACACUGGAAGCUGCUCUGAGGUCUCCAGCAGCUUCUCUUCUCCAGGCUGGAUGGGCGCUACCAGAUCCGCAGCCAGCACCAUGCCAAGCGCGAUGCCGGUGAUUCCAUCUCCGCUCCUGAUGGCCUCCAAAGCCUUCCCCGUGCAGUAGGGCCCCGCCACCUCCCCUGGAUGGCCACGGGUGGGUGAUGCUCACCACCAUGAUCCCCCCACCCCAAGCCCACCCCAGCUCCUCCAUCACUCACCCAACACGGCCAACGCCAAGGAUAUGAAGGCACCUCCAAAAACACGCCACUCGGCCCACGCCAAGGCCAAGAGUUGCCGCGUGGCCGCCGCACCCUGGGCUGCAUCGGGACGACCCGGCACCGGCACAGCCCAGGCCAGCGCGGCCACCGCAGCCACGCCGUGGGUCACCGCCAGCCACCACGGGUUGGCCAUGGCCAAGAGCGGCAGCACGGAGCCUGGAGGCACCAGGAGGCUCCGGAGGGUGCUGAAGGCGGCCGGGGUGAGGCCGAUGGUGACGGCGGCGCCACGGGGACACCCUGGGGACAGGAACCGCGUGGCCGCGGCCAACACCAGCACCCGCAGCCCGGCCUCCAGCCACACGGCCACCAGCGGCCACUGCAGCAGCACUGGGGCCACUGGGGCCACCACAGCCACCAGCACCGCGUCCAGGAGCAGCAGCAGCAGCAGCGACGAGGCCACGGCAAGGGCGGGCGGCAGAGCCAUGGCGGGGAACCAGUAUGGACCAGUGCGCUCAGCUCCAUCUGCCCAGCAACUGAUGACGCGGCCUCUCUGACCAAUCAGCGCCGACCGCGCUCUGUUCGCCCGGUUUCGCUUUCGAGGCUCGGAGCGACCGGAGCAAUCGGGGUGUCCCGGGGGGUCCCGAUGGCUCCAGACCCCUCCCGCCGCUUCCUGUCGCUGUUUCGGCCCGAGCAACGGCGCUGCACGAUCGUGGCCGGGCUGAUGGUGGCCUCGGUGCUCGCUGAGGUGACCAUCCCCUACUUCACCGGCCACGUCACCGACUGGGUGGCCAGCGAGGACGAGAUGGUGGCCAUCAGCUCCCUGGCGCUGCUGGGGCUCACCAGUGCCAUCACCGAGUUCAUCUGCGAUGCCACCUACACGGGGACCUUGAGCCGGGUCUUUGGUCACCUCCAUGGCCGGGUCUUUGCUGCCGUCCUGCGCCGGGACCUGUUGUCACUGCGGGCGCUGGGCGCCGGGGCGGUGACAUCGCGGGUGACCACGGACGUCGAUGUCACCCAUGAGGCGGUGGCCAAUGCGCUGUUGCUGCUGCUGUGGGAGCUGGCACGGGCAACGCUGCUGCUGGUCCCCAUGGCCUGGGUGGCCCCAGCGCUGGCCACCACCACCCUCCUGGCCAUGCCGGUGCUCCUGCUGCUGGCCCGGGCCAUGGGCAGUGUCCAGCAGGGUCUGUCCCAGCGGGUGCAGGAGGCGCUGGCGGGUGCCACCAGGGUGGCCAUGGAGACCUUCCAGGCCAUGGCCACCGUCCGUGGCUUCUCCUUCGAGGCUGGAGCGGCCAAGAGGUACCUCCAGCAACUGCAGCAGGUCCACAGGCUGGAGGCCACUCAGGCCAUCACAUACGCGGCCACCGGGUGGACCAGUGGGUUCUUGGCGCUGGCCUUGAAGUUGGGGCUCCUCUACUACGGGGGACAGAUGGUGGCCGCAGGGACCAUCACCACCGGAGACCUGGUCACCUUCCUCAUCUACCAGACGCAGUUCAGCAGCACCGUGGAGGUCCUGCUCCGUUACUACCCCAGGAUGACCAAGGCCGUGGGCUCCUCAGAGAAGAUCUUUGAGUUCCUGGAUGAGGACGAGCAGAGGGCACCUGAGGGGACACUGGAGCCCAAGGUCCAGGGUCACCUCAAGCUUGAAGACGUCUGGUUCUCCUACCCCGAGCAACAAGAGCCCGUCCUCAAGGGCGUGUCUCUGGAGCUCCUCCCUGGGCAGGUCCUGGCCGUGGUGGGUGCCCCGGGCACGGGGAAGAGCACCCUGGUGUCCCUGGUGCUGCGCCUGAUCGAGCCCCACCGCGGGAGGGUGCUGCUGGAUGGGCACCCACUGCCCGCAUACCGGCACCUCCAUCUGCGCCAGCAGGUGGCCGUUGUCCCCCAGGAGCCGCUGCUCUUCUCCCGCUCUCUCCACGCCAACAUCUCCUACGGGUCCGGUGGCCGGAGCCGGGCGCAGGUGACAGCAGCCGCUCGUCGCGCCGGGGCUGACCCCUUCAUCAGCCGCCUGCCCCGCGGCUACGACACCGAGGUGGGUGACCUGGGGACGCAGCUCUCCGGGGGACAGCGCCAGGCCGUGGCCAUCGCUCGUGCCCUGGUGAGGGACCCCCGUGUCCUCGUCCUCGAUGAGCCCACCAGCGCCCUGGACGCCAAGACCAGUAUGCAGGUGGAGCAGGAGGUGCUCAGCGCCGGGCGGUCGGUGCUGCUGGUGACGGGGCGGGUGGCCCUGGCGCUGCGGGCACAGCGAGUGGCCGUGUUGGCCGGGGGACGCCUGCGGGAGCUGGGGAACCCCACGGAGCUCCUGCGCCCCGAGAACCGCUGCUGGGAGCCACCAGAGGACGGGGACACGGCAGACCAGGAUGGAGACACAGAGAGAUGGGAUGGGGACACUGGAAGCAGGGAUGGGGACACUGAGAACAUGGAUGGGGACAUGAAGAGAUGAGAUGGGGACACCAAAUGCCAGGAUGGGGGCACCAGGGGAUGGGGACACUGAGAGAUGGGAUGGGGACCACCACAAACCAUGGUGUGGACACUGGGAAAUGGGAUGGGGACAGUGGGGACAGGGAUGGGGACACUCAGAACAUGGACGGGGACACGAGGAGCAGGGAUGGGGACACCGAGGGGUGGGAUGGGGAGACCACAAACCACGAUGGGACACUGGGAGAUGGGAUGGGGACACUGGAUGCGGAUUUGAAGUGGUGGGAUGGGGACACCAAGGGAUGGGACCACCACGAUGGGGACACUGGGGGCUGUGAGCAGGGGCCAUGGAAGCUGUGCCAGGCACACAGUGGCCGGGCUGGGGACACCGCCAUGUGUCCCGAUGUCCCCACAUCCCCAUGCCCUGUGUCCUCAUGUCCAUGGACAGGGGCAUCCGGGCGCCACCAGCGCUGGGGAGCAGCAGUUUGCAAUAAAGCCGGGUCUACCUGCUCCUGG